GGUGGAGCCUCCUCUCUGUGACUUAAUUAUUGAGUCAUCUGGACCACACACCCCAAGCAAUAGUAAUUUCCAGUGAGUGGAGAAGAGUUCCGAAUCUAUUUGGCAAAGGAGGAGCGGAGAAAAAGCAGCUCACUUACGGGAAGGCAGCCCCACAUCAGGAGGCUGGUGACUGAACGGAGUACUUGAGAUAAAAGCACUGAGAGGGCCGAGAUACCUGAAGACCUAAUACCAUCUCUGAGAAGCAUAAUGGCAGAACCAGACUAUAUUGAUGAUUGCGAUGAGUUAAUCAAACCAAAAAAGCUUAUUAACCCUGUGAAAACCUCUAGGAAUCACCAAGAUCUUCACAGAGAGCUUAUGAUGAACCAGAAAAGGGGCCUCGCUCCCCAAAACAAACCAGAACUGCAGAAAGUCAUGGAGAAGAGAAAGAGAGAUCUUGUCGUGAAACAACAGAAGGAAGAGGAAGCUCUCAAAAAGAUGAGUGACCUGGAAUUAGAGUUGAUGAAACGACAACAGAAGCUCGAGCAGCUGGAAUUGGAACAACAAAAAGCCAAUGAAGAGCAAGAGAAUGCCCCCGAGUUUGUGAAGAUGAAAGGAAACCUAAGGAGAACAAAGCAAGAAAUCGAAGGGCAUGAGCAGGCUACCUAACCGGAAAACCAAAACAUUUAACAUUCCAGAGAGAAGCCCAUGGCCUUUUGUGGAAUCUAUAUUCCCAUGACCAGCAAAAGAAAGAGACAAAUAAUGUAUAAAGUAAAAAAAAAAAAAGAAAAUGAUACUUGACAUCUUAAAAUACUGUUUGUUGGAAGAAAAACAGUAUUACACAUUGUGGGAAAUGAGAGAAAAGCCUCAUAUCAGCCAGGAACUAAUGGGAUGGGUUAAAGCUGAAGCUUUACUGCUUUACCCUUGGGGGGAGAAAAAAAAAUUAAGAUGCAACAUUUUCAAGUUAUGGAUGGAAUCGUGGGCACUGGAUAAACUUUUGGAAACUGUACUAAAGUGCUCAUAAGCCAAGCUCAGUACAGCCACCAAAACCUUAUUUAUGUUUUUUUGUUUUUGAAAAUCUUAAUAGGAUUUUAAUACGUACGGGUUUUUUAUUUUAUGAAAAAUAAUUUGAAAGAAGAAUUGGAACUACUUGGCCAUCUCAAAAUUUGUUUCAAAAGUCAAAUUGUAAGGUUUGAUUUAAAUUAUGUUGGAUUUCUGGAGUAGGUGUUUUUUCAAUGCGUAUAAUUUUAUUGACAAUAACAGAAUGUUAUUUGUUAUUUUCAGCAAAAAGAGGAUGAACAAGAUGUUAAUACUACAUCUGUACACACUUUCCUUCUCUGGCCAGAAUUUGAUUUAUUUUGAGCUCAGAAGUGUCAUGAAAUGACUCUUAUUGUUAACUUUCCUAUCAGUUUGCAAAAAAGGUAAUACUGUAUUCCAUUCUUUAGCAGAAUCGCCCCAGAAGAUUUUGUCACUGUUUCCUUUCCCAUCAGUUCUUUCACCUUUGAACCCAACUUGUAUUUCCUUUCCUGCCUACAUCAUACAUAAACAGGAGAGAAUGUCAGGGAGCUUUGUGUGGAAAAAAGGCUGAAAUGACAAAAUCCUUAAAACACAGAAUCAAGGUCAUGUCUGACUCGCUUCCUUUUAGCACAAACUCCCUUUCCAAUUCUCAUUUGACCAAAAUAGUGAAAUAUUUCCAAUAAUGUGACAGAUGUUUCCACUUCAGCAGUUUAACGUGGAAAAUGUUGAUAGGAAUUUACAGGGAAUGCUCUCUUUGUUCUUUUUUUAUUUUUGGAUCUGCAUGUCGCUUGCUUAUCUGCCUGCGCUUGCAUAACUUUGUGUUUUUUGUUAGAAAUUAUUUGGGGGAAAAAAAUAGCUGCAACUUAUUUUUGCAGGUAAAUUGUAUGUGUCUGUGGAUUUGAGUGUUUUUGUAUAAAUUUAAAAAGUAGAGAUUUUUAUUACAAAUAAAUUACUUGGAAAAGA